AUGCCUUGGCACCCUCUCAGCGAAUUCGACAGGGACCGGGUGGAGCGCGGCAGGCGCCUGCUGCAGGAGUCCGAGGAUCAUCGUGGCAGCCGGGACCUGCAGCUGUUCGUGGAGGGCAUGGAUCUGACAGUUCAGCUGCACCAGCUCUUCCUUGACAAGGACGGGAACCGGAGGCAGGGAUUGACGGCACAGGAGACGCAGCAGAUGUUUUCGCCCCUCAUGGAGCUGCUGUCGUCCACAGUAUCCUAUGUUCUGUUUGGCGAGGGCAGGGGUAGGACGGAGCUUCUUGACCUGCGGCACCACCUGCCCGUGGUUGCCAACAGAACAACCAACUGGGCAGCGACCACAGCAGCAGCAGCAGCCGCGCUGGAGCGGCACCAGCGCCGGGUUGGGUGCAGCCCGGUGGUGAUUGCAGCAGAGGUGCGCAUGGUCUGGCUGUACCAGCAGAUGUAUGUGGCUGAGGAGUUGCUGUUCCGGGAGCCAGGGGCGCCCGAGGCGCGCCACCGGCUCGACACAGCGCUGGCAGCGAAUAGGCAGCUGGUGGAUCUCAACCCUGCAGCAGCAGGCCACUUGCACUCGCUGUACAGCAGCAUAAGGAUGCUGUACCGCUCAGGGACUGGUGCCGAAGGGGUGGCAUUCUACCGCCAGGCGUUGCGCAAGGCGGAGGAGCAGAAAGAACACACCCUGAAGGCAUCUUUGGGCAUCAGCCUGGCAGGCGCCUUGAUCUGCGGAGCCGCCGGGCCGCGCUGGUCUCGCGAGGAGGUGCAGGGGCUGCUGGCAGAUGCGGAGCAAGCGCUGAACCUCUGCAAGCCUUGGCUGGCUCAAAACUAUCUGGCAGCCCAGAAGAAAAGGCUGCGGGAGCAAAAGCAGGAGUUUGCUGAACUGGCAGCCCGCAGGCCAGGGGAAAGCACGCUGCCCGCCAUCGACAGUGUGUACAUGACGGCACCGCCGCCUCCUGUGCUUGUGUGCAGCGGCUGUGGGCAGCUAUCCACCAGUCUGAAGAAGUGCAGCCGCUGCCGCGCGGUGGCCUACUGCAGCCGUGCCUGCCACGCCAGGCACUGGAAGGAGGGCGGGCACAAGCAGCAGUGCGCGCAGCUGGUGGCAGGGGCUGGGCCCAGCAGCGGCAGCAGCUGA